AGCUGAAAGAUACAGUGGAGGCUCUUUAGGAGCAGAGACAAAGCAGCGGCACAACAAAGUGCAUUGGAUAUUUUGUCUGGGUCUCUGUCAUCUUGGGGGUUUCUCUGGUGUGCCGCCAAAGCACGGAAACUAUGGAGCACUACCCAGAUCAGGGCUGUGAUGGCAUCGAGCUGCUCGAUUGGCUGUUUGAUCAAAACGAUGGGAUUCUCCGUCAUGAGGAAACGGGACGCCAUGGCAACCACCACACCUGGCCAGUCCAGGAAUCAAAUAUGCUGCAGCCGGCCGAACAGACAGAUGAUGACUUCCUCAAUGCCCUCCUGAGUGGAAAUGAUUCUGUGUCAGGCUCGCCUCUCUGGUCCCCUUCCCCCAGUGACAGUGGGAUCAGUGAGGACCCUCCCUCGGACCAGAUGGACAGCCCCCAGCGCCCCGAGAGCCCCCCUGAGGACGCUCAGUAUUUUGGUACGAGGCCACAAACCAAGGCAGCCCUGGAAGCCGACAUCUCCAUUGACCUCAAUGGAUGGCAGCCUGGAUUCCCAACAGACAGGACAAGGAUUACACAAUAUCAUUCUGAUGUACACAGACCGCAGAUGUCCUCUGCCUUCCCACUAACUGUCAAGGAUCUGCUACUGUCUGGCACACCAGAGCCCGCCCCACACCCAUCCCAACAGUCCAUUCAAGAGUUGAUUCUCAAUGAAGAUGAGAAGAAGCUUUUAGCAAAGGAGGGGGUGACUCUGCCCAGCCAGCUACCUCUUACAAAGUACGAAGAAAGGAUUCUGAAGAAAAUACGCAGAAAGAUUCGCAACAAGCAGUCUGCUCAGGAGAGCAGGAAGAAGAAGAAGGAGUAUAUUGACGGGCUGGAGAGCAGGAUGGCCGCCUGCAAUGCACACAACCAGGAGCUGCAGAGGAAGGUGUCCCAGCUGGAGAAAUGCAACAUGUCACUGAUGGAACAGCUGCGCAGGCUGCAGGCGAUGGUCAUGAAUACAUCUAACAAGCCAGCCCAGACUGGGACGUGUGUUCUGGUGCUUCUGCUGUCCUUCUCAUUAAUCCUGUUCCCCAACCUCAAGCCUUUCUCUGACACCAAGGUCAGCCAAGGAGACUUCAGUCCGGUCAGAAUCCAGUCACGGUCCCUGCAGAACCUACAGGCUUCUCGUGUGCUGCAUGUCAUUGAAUCCCCAUUCUCUGCUGAGGAUGAAUCAGAGCCUCUGCACCAGCAUCACCCAGGAGACCGGGGAUUGGAAGAUAUUACUGCCAUGAUGGGAAAGCUGGGAGUGAAUCAAGACCAGUCCAGUUUGGAGCACACGUCUCUGAACAGCAGUCAGGAAGAUAGGAUGGGUCAUUUCCAUGUAGACCCAAUUACCGGUCACAUAGCUACUUUGACCUUGGAUCCGCAUCGCUCUGCCAGGCUGCGGCCACAUGCUGAUGACAUGUAAACGAAAUGAAUAAAUUAUCCCUCCAUGAAUUCCCCCAAUCUUCCUCCUCCUGACAGUAGAGCAGGGAAUUAUCUGGGGCUGCUGUUUACACAGAUAGGGGAAUAAGCUUUUAAUCAUUCCUGUUGUUGCCUUUAAUAUAUAUAUUCAGUCUGUGUUCCUUUUCCUUAUUUGUGAUACUGUUUUAUAUCAGAAUAUGGAUUUGAAUCUUACACUGAAAUUGUUUGUCAAGAUGAACUGUGUAUCCAUUGUCUCCUGGUUUUGAUAAAAUGUCAGUGUAAAUUAGUGUGUUUGAGACUGGGCAAACACAGCUGUGAUCAUGUGUACAGUUUUGAUCUCAACAAAUAAUUUGUAAAACAUGUUUUCAUUGAGGAGUUGAUUGAAACUGUUGGGAUUAAUUCUGGGAUAAAACUUCCUUAAAUAAAAAAAAAAAUACCA